AUGUUUUUUCCUAUGGUGUUUCUGAAGCUAGCCAACUGGGUCUUGUACCAGCUGCUGGCUAACUCGUGUUAUCGAGCCGCCAGGAAGGUGAUGAACUAUGGGUUCUUUAUAAGGAACCAAACUCCUCGGUCGUCGUCACAGCAACAAGCUGGUUCUUUAUUCCCUGGCGUCGCUCACUUUGAUUUAGGCAACGAUAUUAGAUCUCCUCGUACAUUGGUUUGUGAUAUUCAUGGAGUUCUAUUAAGAACAGACACCUUCUUCCCUUACUUCAUGCUCGUUGCUUUCGAAGGUGGUAGCAUUUUAAGAGCCUUUCUCUUGCUUUUAUCCUGCUCAUUUUUGUGGGUUUUAGAUUACGAGCUGAAACUGAGGGUUAUGAUCUUUAUAUCCUUCUGUGGGCUUAGGAAGAGAAACAUCGAGAGCAUCGCCAUGGCCGUGUUGCCCAAGUUCUAUCUCGAGAAUCUUAAUCUCCAAGCUUAUCAAGUUUGGUCUAAAACAGGUUCGAGAGUUGUGUUCACAAGUAUACCUAGAGUAAUGGUCCAAGGAUUCCUAAAGGAAUAUAUGAACGUCGACGAUGUUGUUGGCACCGAAUUGCACACCGUCGGGAACCGUUUCACAGGCUUGUUGUCCACCUCCGGUUUGCUCGUAAAGCAUAAGUCUUUGAAAGGAUACUUUGGAGAUAAACAACCAGACGUUGGCCUUGGAAGCUCAAGCCACCUAGACCAUCAGUUUAUCUCCCUAUGCAAGGAAGCGUAUGUGAUGGAUAGCAGAAACAAUCAAAGCAGCGUGAUGCCGAGGGACAAGUACCCGAAGCCACUUAUAUUUCACGACGGGAGGCUAGCGUUCUUGCCGACUCCAUCAGCGACGCUUUGUAUGUUCUUGUGGCUUCCAUUUGGGAUAGUUCUUGCCAUUUUCAGGAUCCUCGUCGGUAUCUGCUUGCCUUACAGGUUAGUUAUAUUAUGUGGUUCAUUAAGUGGAGUUCAGCUACGAUUCCAAGGCUGUUUCCCUUCACCAAAAUCACAACACAAAAAAGGGGUUCUAUACGUCUGUACGCAUAAAACACUUUUGGACCCAGUUUUCCUCAGCACGGCAUUGUGCAAACCAUUGACGGCCGUGACCUACAGCUUGAGCAAAAUGUCCGAAAUCAUAGCUCCAAUCAGGACAGUCAGGUUGACCAGAGACAGGAAACAAGACGGUGAAACCAUGCAGAAGCUGCUAAGCGAAGGAGAUUUGGUGAUCUGUCCCGAAGGAACCACAUGCAGAGAGCCUUACCUGUUAAGGUUCAGCUCGUUGUUCGCCGAGCUAGCCGACGACAUAGUUCCAGUAGCGAUGAACGCUCACGUAACAAUGUUUUACGGCACGACCGCCAGCGGAUUGAAAUGGUUGGACCCCAUUUUCUUUCUGAUGAACCCCAGACCGAGCUACCAUGUUCAAAUACUCGGAAAGGUGCCACCAGAGUUCACAUGUGCAGGGGGCAGGUCUAGCUUCGAAGUGGCGAAUUAUAUUCAGAGGAAACUGGCUGAUGCCCUGGGAUUUGAGUGUACUACCUUAACUAGGAGAGACAAGUACCUGAUGCUAGCAGGUAAUGAGGGGGUUGUCAAUGACAAUAAGAGAAAUUAACAAUACUAAUUAAUUAAUUAGCACACUUGCA